UCCUUGGAUUGCUUUACCUAUUUGCACUACCACCAGACUGAAGUCCAGGUGUGUGUCGGCGAUGGCUAUAUAUAUAUAUACACAUACACAUACUUAACAUUAUAAGUAAACAUCCAAUUUCCUUCUGUUAUAUGUGCACACAAUCACAACACUUAUUCAUUUAUCCAUUUAUUUACUUCUCAUUCAUGUGUUGUAGGGAUGAGGCAAUGUUUGAUGCCAGUUACAAGCUGUUCUGUGAGAGGAUCAUCCGCCAGAGGCUGCUUGUCAACAAUGAGGUGCUUAGAAUGGGCCAGCUGAGGCAGGCCUUCAUUGACAUGGUGAAAGCAAACGAAGGUGUUGAUGCUUCAAACUACAGACAGGAUCUGUUGAAGAAGAGGCUGGCUCAAGAUUUCCCUCAGCUAGCGUUUCACAUGCCCACCAAGCGCAACGUCUGCGAACUGGUUUUUGCUGAGACUCUGUCAAAGGAUGCACUCGUGGACAUGCUACCAGAUCCAUCCGGUACGGAAACAACACAGUCCAGUGAAUUGAGCCAGACAGACAGCGACAAUGAAACAGGGAGAACAAAGUGCCAAACAACACAUGAGGACACAAGGACACUGUAUACAGCAGCGUUGUUUUUGAAAAGACUGCUUAGUGACACUCCUGGCAUGUCAUGCCCAUGGCCUCCCACUUCUGAAAAUGUAAAUGUCACUGAAUCUCAAACUGUUGUCCCCAUUGGACUAUACAAUCUGCUCAGCUGGAUUAUAGGUUCCACUGAGGAGCCAACACUGGAUCAUUAUGUCAACAUUGAUGAUGACGUACAUUUGAAAGUGUUGUCUGUUUGUCAAGACAUUGUGUACCUUGCUUCCAAGGGCCGCAAGCAGACACCCAAGUCCUUGGCUUUAGGUUUAACUGUUCGACAUUUAACUGGAUCAUCACGCAUUGUAUCACUGCUUAACAGACUGGGACAUUGUGCAUCAUGGGACACAGUUUUGAGUCUAGACACUAGCCUUGCCCAACUGACACUAGUAGAAGGCAGAGACAAAAUACCGAAGGGAUUCUCAAAGCGGACACCCACAACACUUGUGUGGGAUAACAUUGACUUUGGUGAGGAGACACUAUCGGGUCGUGGAACUACUCACCAUACAAAUGGAAUUAUGCUCCAGAGUGUGCCCGGCGAGCCUAUGUCCACAGCAAUCAGACAGCCACUGAGAAAGGGAGUUACCUCAUUCAUAGCCCCCCCCCCCAAUGCCUAUACAACCUUACCAUCAGUCCAAAAGGCAAGGGCCACAGAACUUGUGUCAACCAGUGCAGUCAGCGACAUGCAGAAUGGACACCCACUUUGCUGUACAAGCUGAAAUGGCAUAUGCUUUUGUGAAGUCCACAUGUACGGAUAGUUGUACAAUCCCAAGCUGGACAGGGUUCCAUACACUGCUUCAGGAUGAAAACACUCUGCAGAAGUCCGCAUUGUAUUAUCUUCCAGUCAUUGAAGCCUCACCAACAGAGAUGUCAACAGUCAACACUAUCCUGAAGCGAAGUGUCCAGAUUGCUGACCAGCUAGAACUGGAUCAUAUAGUUUUAGUGUUUGAC